AUGCCUGUUCGCUUCUGCACCUUAUUCGUUUCGCUCGAACGGCAGUGCUCAUUGCCUCUACACUCGCGAAACUUUUCAACCCUGUCAGUACCGGCAAUGACGACUGCUUCGACCUCAACCAACGACCACGCCGCGACGGCCCCGCAAUUGCCCCCGAUGCAACUCUCCGGCGCCCUAGACACGACGGCGUGUACCACUUACGACGGCGCUUUGUUCCGAUGUCGUGUCUGUCACGACACCAACAAGUCAAGAUGAGUCUGAACUAUGGUGUGGGUCUCAAGGCGCGGUAGGAGGCGGGUCUGGUCUUCGACGGUUGCCUGCCGCGCACGCAUAUUGGCAGGACGCGCGCUGUUCCUAUGUGCUCCUUAUCAAUGGUCGCCCCGAUGACGGCCUCGACCAUCGUCCGAGGCGCACAGUUGCCUUCGGAGAUGUUUGACCGCCACUCGGAGUCCGUUGCGAUGCGGACCUGUGACUCGAACUGGUACAUCAUGCGGAAAUACGACUUGAUGGUUCGUUCUUUGUGAUGGUCGAGAUUCAAGGUCUCGAAGAUAAAGGGUGUCGGACCUCUCGACCAGUCGAUCAUGGCUCACGCGCUCACGUCUCGGCUGCCCUCAACGUGCCCUCGAAGUGGGCUGAGCUCGCGGCCGAGCAACAGGCAUCGUGGGCCCGGGCGAUGGAGCGCCCGGUGGACGAUCUCAUCCAGGCGCGUGGCCGCAUUCAAGCCAUGGAGGCCGCAACGCUAGGGGACGAGGAUUGGAAGCCGAUUCUUCCUCUCCUCAAACCUGUAGUGGUGCGCCUGCAGCGGUAGUCGUAACUUCGGUGGUUCCGCUCAGCGCUGCGGCUGCCGCGAGCGGCAGCCUGCACCAGCGUUCGUGAACACGCGUGUUCUUUCUGUAAAGGCCAGCACGAGGCUUAUACCCACGUCGGGUCCGCAUAACCCAGUUGGCGCGUCUGUAUCACCAUCCUUUCCCUCUUCUCGUGUCGUGCCGUCACUUCCGCCUCAUGUCCGCGUACGUGUAGAUGCCUGGUCCCGACGGGCCCUGUGCCCCUUUCUGAGGUCGUUACCUCUCAGGCAUCGCGUCGCGUGCCUCCGUUCUCUGGUUCAGGGGUCGAAUCCCCCGCCGUUCGCGCCUCCUCACGUCCGCGUACGUGUAGAUGCCCGGUCCCGACGGACCGGAGGGGCGUUGCCACUUCCUGCACAGCCGAGGGCUGACGUGCUGGAUUUGUAUUUCCAGACCCGCUAACCGAAAGGAGACGUCCCGUUCGUGUCUUCAAUGCCCGCGGCAUGCCUCGUGCCAGCCACUGACUCGCCUCGUCCGUUAUACACCGUGUACGGCAGUUUGGCGAAACGAACCCCUGGACUCUUCGUCCGCAUUCAAAGCGGUACAUGGACAUCCUCAAGGUGCGCGAGAACCUGCCCGUGCACCAGCAAAUGUCCGAGUUCCUCGAGCUCUUCAACACGAACCAGUUCGUCGUCAUGGUCGGCGAGACCGGGUCGGGCAAGACAACCCAGAUCCCGCAAUAUGUCGCCUACUCGGACCUGCCUCAUCUCCGUCGACCGGGUCUCCCAGUCGCGUUUACUCAACCGCGUCGAGCCGCGGCCAGGGUCGCGAAGCGGGUCGCCGACGAGAUGGACGUCACCCUCGGUGAACAGGUCGGCUACUCGAUCCGUUUCGAGGAUUGCACCUCCAACAACAUCUUCCUCAAGUCCAUGACCGACGGUAUGCUCCUGCGCGAGGCGGUCCACGAAAGGACGCUCGCGACCGAUAUCCACCCCAAGUGCGAUGGCCAAAUCGAAAGAACGAACCAGAUCCUCGAGCACCACCUACGCCACUUCUGCGGAUACGAGCAUGGGGAUGACUCCUUUCUUCACCUCUCGCGGUUACCACCCAAGGCUUGA